AUGGGUCGCCGAAGGUACAACAUCGCCAUGGUCAGCGACUUCUUCUUCCCGCAGCCAGGAGGAGUCGAGGCGCACAUCUACCAGGUCUCGAGCAAGCUCAUCGAUCGCGGACACAAGGUCAUCAUCAUCACGCAUGCCUACGGCAACCGCACGGGCGUUCGCUACCUCACCAACGGGCUCAAAGUAUAUUACGUGCCCUUCUUCAUCAUCUACCGCGAGGCGACCUUUCCCACCGUCUUCUCGUUCUUCCCCAUCUUCCGCAACAUCUGCAUCCGCGAGCAGAUUGAGAUUGUCCACGGUCACGGCAGCCUGAGCAGCAUGUGCAACGAGGCAAUCUUGCAUGCUCGUACCAUGGGCCUGCGUACCGUCUUUACCGACCACUCGCUGUUUGGCUUUGCCGAUGCCGCGAGCAUCCUCACCAACAAGCUUCUCAAGUUCUUCCUGAGUGACGUCGACCACAGCAUAUGCGUGAGCCACACAUGCAAAGAAAACACGGUGCUAAGAGCCUCGCUGGACCCUCUCAUGGUCUCCGUCAUCCCCAAUGCCGUAGUUGCGGAAAACUUUCGCCCACGCGACCACCCCUCCCACACUGGUGGCGACGCCGGCGGCAACACGCCGUUUGGCGGCCCAGAGCGCAGCCCUACGCGCAUCGGCCCCAACGACAUCGUCACCAUCGUCGUCAUCUCGCGCCUGUUCUACAACAAGGGCACGGACCUGCUCACCGCCGCGAUCCCGCGCAUCCUCGAGAACCACCCCAACACGCGGUUCGUCAUCGCCGGGUCCGGCCCCAAGGCUAUUGACCUCGAGCAGAUGAUUGAGAACAACGUGCUGCAGGACCGCGUCGAGAUGCUCGGCCCCAUCCGCCACGAGGAGGUACGCGACGUCAUGGUCCGCGGGCACAUCUACCUGCACCCCAGCCUCACCGAGGCGUUCGGCACUGUCAUCGUCGAGGCCGCCAGCUGCGGCCUGUACGUCGUCUGCACCCAGGUCGGCGGCAUCCCCGAGGUCCUGCCCUCGCACAUGACCACCUUCGCCAAGCCCGAGGAGGAUGACCUCGUCCUCGCCACCGGCCGCGCCAUCACCGCCGUCCGCGCCGGCAAGGUCCGCACCGACCGCUUCCACGACGAGGUCCGCCGCAUGUACUCGUGGGACAACGUCGCCCAGCGCACCGAGCGCGUCUACGACGGCAUCACCGGCACCAUCCCCGAGGAGGAGUUUUACGGCUUCGACACCGCCGGCUACAACGGCUCCCGCGUCCGCGACUUCGCCCUCAUCGACCGCCUCAAGCGCUACUACGGCUGCGGCAUAUGGGCCGGCAAGCUCUUCUGCCUCUGCGCCGUCAUCGACUACCUCUUUUUCCUCGUCCUCGAGGUCCUCCUCCCCCGCGAGAACAUCGACAUCUGCCCCGACUGGCCCCGCAAGCUGCCCAAGGACCGCCCGGCCAAGGCCAGGAACCGGACCAGCUCGUCGCAGGGCGGCGCCAAGCCCGACGUGGCCGUGCCAUCCUCACGAGCCGCAUAA